AUGUCUCGUCCUCAAGUUUCCGUUGUCUCCGCCCAAGGCGAGAAGACCUCCUCCCAAUUGCCAUUGCCUGCUGUUUUCGCUGCCCCAAUCAGAGCCGACGUGGUUCACUCUGUCUUCGUCAGAGUCAACAAGAACAAGAGACAAGCUUACGCUGUUUCCGAAAAGGCUGGUCACCAGACCUCUGCUGAGUCCUGGGGUACCGGUCGUGCUGUUGCCAGAAUCCCAAGAGUUGGUGGUUCCGGUACCCACAGAGCCGGCCAGGGUGCUUUCGGUAACAUGUGUAGAGGCGGUCGUAUGUUCGCCCCAACCAAGACCUGGAGAAGAUGGCACGUCAAGGUGAACCAGAACGAGAAGCGUUACGCCACCGCUUCUGCCAUUGCUGCUUCUGCUGUCACCUCUUUGGUUUUGGCCAGAGGCCACAGAGUCGAGCAAGUUGCUGAGUUGCCAUUGGUUGUUUCUAACGACUUCGAGUCCGUCAAGAAGACCAAGGAAGCCGUUGCUGUCUUGAAGGCUGUCGGUGCCCACAAGGACAUUGUCAGAGUCCUCAAGUCCAAGAAGAUGAGAGCCGGUAAGGGUAAGUUGAGAAACAGAAGAUUUGUCCAAAAGAAGGGUCCAUUGGUGGUUUACGCCAACGACAACGGUAUCUCCAAGGCUUUGAGAAACAUCCCAGGUGUCGAUGCUGCCCACGUUUCCCGUUUGGGCUUGUUGCAAUUGGCUCCAGGUGCUCACUUGGGUAGAUUUGUCAUUUGGACCCAGGCUGCUUUCGAGUCCUUGGACUCUGUUUACGAGGCCAAGUCCAACUACAGAUUGCCAUCCAACAUUGUUUCCAACACCGACUACAAGUCUUUGAUCAACUCCACUGAGAUCCAAGCUGUUGUCAGACCAGCUGGCGAGGCCAACACCAAGAGACCUCACGUCUUGAAGAAGAACCCAUUGAAGAACAAGCAAGUCAUGUUGAGAUUGAACCCAUACGCCAAGACUUUCUCUGCUGAGAAGUUGGGCUCUAUCAAGGUUGAAUCCAAGAAGACCAAGCCAUCCAAGGGUCAAUUCGUCAACGUGUUGAAGCAAUAA